AUGCCCAGCAGCAAAGCGAGCCCGGGCGCCCGCGGGCCAUGGAGCGACGGCGAGACGUCGGCUCUCGUGGACGCCUGGGGCCCGCUGUACCUCCGCCGCGACCCAGACCCCCUCGGCGUGGAGGACUGGCGCGUCGUGUGCAGCGCCGUCAACGCCCAGCGCGCCGCCGAAGGUUGCCGCUUCAACCGCACCCUCGUCCAGUGCCAGAAGCGCGUCUACACUCUCAAGGACCAGUACAUGAAGGAGCUCGCCAAGGGGCGGCCGGCGUCGGGGUGGCGCCACUUCGCCCGGCUCCGGGCCUUCCUGGCCGCCUCGCCUCCUGGCUUCGUUGGCAAGAGGCCGGCGGCAUCCGUCAAGAAGGAGAAGGCCGCCAAGACGCCGACGGCAUCGUCCUUCAAGAAGGAGAAGGCCGCCAAGACGCCGACGGCAUCGUCCUUCAAGAAGGAGAAGGCCGCCAAGACGCCGACGGCAUCGUCCGUCAAGGAGGAGGAGGAGGUGCAGGAGGCGAGCCCCGGCUUCCAGGCAACGAUGCCGGCGACCGUCAAGAAUGAGGAGGUGGUCGGCUGUGGUUGUGAGUUGGUUGGGAGAGCGAGGUGUUGUCCGGGGGCGGUGGUGACGAAGCUUGCGGGGGUGUAUGAACGCGUGCAGAUGAGGAGGCUCAACGUCGAGGAGAAGAGAGGAUGGAGAAGAUCUCAUGUUGCAGCCUGGGACACAAGAAGAUGA